CAAAGGGUUUCUCCUGAGCCUUGGCAGAUGUGUGGUGGCCCUACUAAGAGAUAUCAGGAUGACCUCUUCACUUGACGUUCCUCCAAAUUAUGAGGAGAUGUUUGCUCAUCGAUUCACAGCAGAUGAUAAGGAGUAUCAAGAGUACUUGAAACGUCCUGCAGAUCCACCUCCUAUAAUAGAAGAAUGGAGAACUAGAUACGGUGGCAACCAGAGAAACAGAGAUCGGUUUCAAGAUGGCAGACAGUUUAGAGGAGACAGGUAUAACUGGCAAGGUGACAACAGAUAUAAUCAGAGGCAAGAAAGAAGCUGGGGUAAUAACUACCAACAAUACAGACAAGAAGACUCAUUCUCCCCACAGUAUGGGCAGUACGGCAAAAACUCCUACAAUAAGAGGCCCCGUUAUGGCUACUAGUAAUGCAGUACUUCGUAGUUAAGCAUCCUGUUAACCUGUAUAACUAUAUCUUGAAUGAGAUGUGAUGCUUUAUUUUGUGUUUCUGUCUUUUUUUUGUAGCUAGCUUAAAAUAAUGGGUAUUUGUUUAUAAAGCCUGCUAAUGACACGCUAUAGUGCAAAUUAUAACUGGCAUCCUUUGUUUUGGAUAAUAAAAUUCCUUAAAAAAAAA